AUGCAGAAGUCAUCAUUUCUCAACUCUUCCAAAAGAAUAGCCUUUCCUUGUUCCUCAAGGAACAACAUAACUUUUUCCUUCUUCCUUUUGAUUUCAUUCUUCUUCUUCUCUUCCUUUUCCUUCUUCAUUUCCCCUCUCCUUCUUUUUCUUCUUCUUCUUCUUCUUCUUCUCUUUUCCCUUCUUUUCCUUUUCCUUCUUCAUUUCCCCUUUACUCAUUCUUCUUCUCUUUUCCCUUCUUUUCCUUUUCUGUCUUCAUUUCAUUUUUCCUUCUUUUUCUUUUAUUUCUUCUUCUUUUCCCUUUACUCCUCCUCCUUCUUCUUCUUCUUCUUCUUCUCUUUUCCCUUCUUUUCCUUUUCUGUCUUCAUUUCCUUUUCCUUCUUUUUCUUUUCUCUUUCCUUCUUUUCUAAUUCCUUCUUCUUCUUUUCCCUUUCCUUUUUCUUCAUUUCCUUUUCCUUCUUUUUCUUUUAUUUCUUCUUCUUUUCCCUUUACUCAUUUUUCUUCUUCUUCUUCUUCUUUCUUUCCCUUUUCCUUCUUUUUCUUUUCUUUCUUCUUUUUCCUUUCCUUUCUUAUUUUUCUUUCUUCUUCCUUCCAAUUUCCUUCUCUUUCUUUUUCUUCUCCUCCACCUCUACCUACCCUCCCCAUUUCACUAUUUUCUAUUACAACUAA